GGGCUUCCAAGGAAACCUACCUCCACCUCCACCUCUAACUCAUAACCAUAUCAAUUCCACCCCCAAAACACCACACAACCCACAAACUCACAAAAUAUGUUCCGCCAGUCCAUCGUCAAGGCCACGCGCCCCGCGACCCGCGCAUUCGCAACCACCGCCCGCGCCAUGGGAGCCGGUGAUACCGGUUCUGUCCGCCCAUCUGGACAAACUGAUGCGUUCCAGAAGCGCGAGAAGGCGCAGGAGGAUUUCGCUAUCCGCCAGCGCGAGAAGGAGAAGCUCCUGGAGCUGAAGAAGAGACUCGAGAAGUCGCAGGAUCACAUCAAGAAGCUUGAGCAGGAUAUUGAUGAGUUCACCAAGAACCAGGGCGGCGAGCAAAACUGAUAACCGAUCUCCGUGGCGCCAUGACGAGUUGAGUUCGAAGAGAGGAGGAGGAGGAGGAGGAUUCACGUGGUGGCUGUGUUUAAAUAGUUGGUAACGGACAGAGAGGUCCUAUUGUACGGUGCAAUUAACAGUGUACCAUCACUGACGGCCCUCGGCCUGUGUAAACUCUCUACUGUCUCAUAUACAACUCUCACCUCACCCCCCAACUGCUACCUGCGACCGACACAUCUUCUUGAAUAAUACAAAUUUCUCCACUCUCGCAAAUACAUGGG